AUGUUAGAUUUCAACUUCAAAGACCUCAUCCAGAACCGAGAGCGUCGCCAGUUCCCGGAAGUCGUGGUACCCCUCGAAAGUGCCCCCGCGCCUACUAAAGACGAUGGCUCCAACACCAGCCUCGACCGGGCUUCCAGCCAGGAAAAUGGCUCCGGAGCCGGCCCUCAAAAGCGUAGCACACUGACUUUGGAAGCACUCCGAGAGGAAAUCGAUUCCAGCAUCUCCGCUUCGGGUCACAACACUGUUUAUGAUCGCAAAGCAAAGGUGAUCAACAGAGCUAUCCAGGACAUCGGCAUGGGCCGUUACCAAUGGGGCCUGUUCAUCCUCUGUGGUAUGGGUUGGGUCGCCGACAAUCUUUGGUUGCAGGGUGUUGCUCUCACAUUGACGCCUGUGUCCAAUGAGUUUGGCGUCUCCGAGAAUCACUCUAGGUUUGCUACCUGCUCUCUAUUCGUUGGCCUGAUUGUUGGUGCCUCAUUUUGGGGUAUUGCCUCUGAUGCCAUUGGACGCCGUCCGGCUUUCAACUGUACACUUUUCAUCUGUGGUACAUUUGGCCUCGCCGCAGGCGGUGGAAAUAGUUGGGUCGCUGUUUGUGCUCUUUACGCAUGCUUGGGUCUGGGUGUCGGCGGUAAUUUGCCAGUCGAUGCUGCUGUCUUCCUCGAAUGUUUGCCUCCCAAUUCUGCCAACAUUUUGAGUGGCCUUGCUACCUGGUGGUCGGUCGGUACUUUGAUCUCCAGUAUGCUCGCUUGGGCCUUCAUUCCCAACUUUUCUUGCGCGGAUGCUGCCAACUGCAACAAGGCAAACAACUGGGGCUGGAGAUACCUUGUUCUGAGCCUCGGUGCUAUUACCUUCUGCAUGUUCUUGUGUCGAUUCUUCCUGUUUACUCUCUAUGAGUCACCGAAGUUUUUGGUUUCUCGUGGUCGUCAGGAUGAAGCUGUUGCAGCAGUUCAGGGUAUUGCCCACAAGAACAAGACUACGACCUGGCUCACCGAAGAGAUCCUCAAUGAGAUUGGUGGAUACCCCGAGGAAACCGAGAAGCAGUCUUUGUCUACAGUAGAGAUCGUCAAGAGGUCACUUGAGCGAUUCUCUGUUCAACAGAUAAAGCCACUUUUCGCGACCAAGAAACUUGGCAUCUCUACUAUCUUGAUUUGGUUUUGUUGGACUACUAUUGGAAUGGGCUACACCCUCUUCAAUGCCUUCCUGCCCCAGUAUUUAAGUGCCAACUCUUCCGACUACAUCACCUACCGGAAUUACGCCAUUACCGCAGUCUGUGGUAUCCCAGGUCCCCUCUGUGCUUGGUAUCUGGUCGACGUCCCAUACAUUGGCCGGAAGGGUACCAUGGCCGGUUCGACCAUGAUCACCGGUGUUCUUCUCUUUUGCUUCACCGCUUCUAAGGAUCCCAACAUCCAGCUUGUCUGCUCUUCUCUGGAGUCUUUCUUCCAGAUGAUGAUGUAUGGCGUCCUGUACGCUUAUACUCCUGAGGUUUUCCCUGCCCCAAAUCGUGGUACCGGAUCAGGCAUUGCGAGCUGCUUCAACCGUAUUGCUGGUCUCAUGGCACCUAUCAUCGGUAUUUAUGCUAGUACGACCCCUUCCGCGCCGAUCUACGCCGCUGGUGCCCUCAUUCUGGCUGCCUUCCUCGCGAUGAUCUUCCUGCCCAUUGAGACGCGUGGCAAGCAAACCAUGUAA